AUGUUGACAUCUCCCGUCAUCAUCAACUCCGCCAGCGCCUCGCCGACCAGCUUUCGCUAUGCGCCAGCACCUGUCGUCUCGACGGUAUCAGGUCCGAACCAGCGCCGGUCAUCCUCGCGACCAACACUGGCUGCUACCCCUGCCAUGACUUCGCCGGCUUCCCUGCGCACGAAGCGCACUGGUCCUGCGUCCCCCACCGAGUCACAGACUAUGGCCGGCCACCACGACUUGAGAUCGUCAGGAUCACAAAGUGUCCCGAAGGCCAACCCGUCGACAACGCCAGGUGUUCAACCUCAGCCUCAGGAACCAACGGCCACGCCUCCCAACCCACCCCCAUCAGUGUCCUCGGCCUCGCGGGACGCCCAACUUCAGAGUCUUUCAUCGCCAAAUAAACGUCGCGGGUCUCCGAGCCGAAACACGAGCCCAAGCACUACCCAGUCCGAGCAGCCGACUCUAACAGAUGGCAGCCCAGCAUCUUCGUCAACCAAGCGAGCAAAGUCCCAGGCCCCUCCUCCAAAGACCCUCCCUCGCCAGUACGAAUUUUGCGCAGUCGAAGACAUGGUCGAAUUAAUAGCCCAUAUGCUGGGGGAACUAAUCACAACCAACGAUGCAAUAAGAAUAUCCGAGGGCGGCCUAACGAGGUUUCAUUCCAGGACUGCUCCGGGAAUAUCAGUACGAGAUUACUUGCACCGACUUGCGAGGCACGCCACCCUCACACCACCAUUAUUAUUGGCUAUGGUCUAUUACAUCGACCGCCUAUGCGCCAUGUACAACGACUUUACGAUAAAUACACUCACUGUGCAUCGCUUUCUUAUCACAGCAGCUACUGUAGCCGCAAAGGGCCUGUCUGAUUCUUUCUGGAAUAACACUACCUAUGCUAGGGUUGGCGGUAUUCGGUUAGCAGAACUCAGCCGCCUAGAGCUGGAAUUUCUUCAUCGAGUGGACUGGAAAAUAGUUCCCAACCCGGAGGUUCUGGUUGCCUAUUAUAAAGGACUAAUUGAACGGACACCGGGCUACAUUCUCGAGCCCGGUGACGAUUCGGAGGAAGAGUCAGAAGAGGCCAGUUCCAGCGGCGACGAGUUAGGGGAAGGAACUGGUUAA